UAGAUUCGGCUGCAGGCGGGAGAAGAUCACACUGAUGAGCUGAUUUUAGCAUGGGAGCUGUGAGUCCGUUAUUCUUUUUGUCUGUGGUUAUUGACAGACUGUACAGUCACCAAAAUGAGAAGAGCAACAGAAAAUCAAGGAAACACUCGAACACUUUCAGAAUACUUUUCCCCGAGGAGUAAAGUGAAGGACCUCGCACUCCAGGAGUGCUCCCUACCCCAUAUCAGCUCUUUUAUCCAGGAGACUCCAAUGAAGCCAUCUCAGGUCCCUAACCAGCUUCCUCACCCACCACCCAGGAGAAUGUUGCCACUUCAAAGCCCCGAACUGUGCCACAGAGACAGACUGGGUCCACCGCGGCACCCUUCUCAUCACAUGGGACCAAUCCACUCAGGGUUUGUUCCGAGCAGCCCAACUAACAUUGGUUACCCAGUGAGCAGGCCUCAUCCCACGCCAAGUAUCAGACUGGAUCCUCUGCAUCAUCCUGCUCAACCUCCAGGGUCUUUCUGCCCACGGUUUGUUCCAGUCAGCCCAACUAACAGUGGAACUACAGCUAAUAGGCCACAGCCCUCGCCUCCCUUUAACUUUCAUCCCGCAACCCCUCAGUUCAUGAAGGAUUUAAGCAACCACUCCCCAUCCUCUCCCAUCAGGAGAGAUCAAGCGACUGAAUCGAAGGUCACAUUACCUUACUCAGGAAGUAAAAAUCCAACAGCACAAAGACAAGAAUCAAACAAGGCUCAAUCCAGUGACGCGAGGAGUUCCAUACAUACUGUCCAGCUCCACAGGCCCCCUAUGACACCAGUACUCAACACCAGAGCUGCUCAAGAAGUUGGUCCACUACCCCACUCAGACUCGGAGCACUGGAGUCCUGUUAACAGCCAGUGGCCCCCGAGGGGCUACCAGCCUUCUCCGAGUACCCACUCAUUUGACAGGAGUAGUGGCCCCACUUUACCAAUCAUGUACAGCCCUGUAGCCCCUUGCCAGGACCAACAACAUAAACGAACACCUUCAAGUGAAAAGUUCAUUCCAGCAGUGGACAUGAAUUACUCAUCUCAGAAGAGGUACAGGGAGUUUGAGGACUGUGACGACGGUGCCAAGAAACUGUGUCUUCAGGGUGCAAACUCCCAGACACCGAAGCCCAGUGUUGGCAACUCACUCAGCACUUCGCUGGUGUCUCAGCCGUCAUCGGGGCCUUCUUCAGUCUUGGAACUGUCACCCAAAACCACAGAGAGCCAUCUGUGCACGGAACCAGCAUGUGGCCAAUCAACCUACUUGGAACUGUCAUCCACAUUUAAACCCACCCAGUCAUCCUGCGCAUCGUUGUCACCCAAACCUUGUAUAAAGAGACGACCAUCAACGGGGGCAAAGCAAGCCUAUAUAAAUUCCUCUCAGAAUCAUACUGUGAAGUUAAUAGAGUUACAAUCACCUUCAAAGCCACGUGAAGACAGAAGUGAGGAAAACAAUAAAAGCGAUAAAUCAAGCUCUUCGUUAUCAUCCGAGGUUCCCCAGAAGGCCACUGUUGGCUCACCUCAUUUUCAGUCAGGCAGCCACCCCUCUGGCAAUACUUACCGUAGUACCUCAGUCUUACCAGUCAAGACCCUGAGCAGAGGUAAUCAGGUCGAGGAGAGCAGAAAAACAGACAGUAGCACUCCCAAACCAGCCUCAAAACCAAAUUCCAGUUCUCUGAGUGGUCGCACGGUAGAACGGAACAAACCUGCCCGCCCACGACGACCUGUUGCAGUCUCUUAUGAUAUAACUGAACUUUUUACUCCUGAUCCCAUUGUAGUCUGCCCCACAAAUAAGAAAGCAAAGCCCAAGAUAGAUGGGGGAACGACUAAAUCCCUCACCCAAGAGAAAGCUUGUUCAUCCAGCGCUGUGUCCAGUACCACAACUACUGGAUCCUCCUGUCUCAUAACACAAACUGUCACAGUAACAAGUUCUCAGGCAGUAGACGCCAACGUCUCUUUCUUGUCAUCAGCACCCCAGCCACAAAUCUCCUUGCCAACUGUAGCUUUAGAGCGGGUAAAACUUGAAAACCUAAGAUCUUUUUGCCCCAAAGACGUUGAACUCCAAAACUUGACUUCUUCAGGCAGGGAGCGUAAGGAUGAGAGUGUUAAAUCUGAUGAUAAACGUACAUCUUUGCUUCCCAACAAUGUGAGAUCAUGCGCUUUAGAGACUGACACCGCUGCCUCCGAGCAAACUCUUACAUUUCAGUGUCGUCAGUCUCCACUGCUGGAGAGGGGGGCAAGUGAAGGGGGUAAAAAGCAGGUGAAAGAAGAUGAUCCUAUGGAUGUGGAGCUUGACCUAGGCCUGAGCUUUGCUGUAGAUUUGGAUCUAACCCAGAGCUCCCAUAGUAGUGAGGAGGAGCAGCUUCUUUCCUUGCAGGAGAUGAUGGAGUGUGUUACCAAGCCUCCAGACACACCGGAGAAGGGAGCCUUCUCAGAGCCUAGCACACCUGGACAUCACAGCUGCAUGUCAAAAACUCUGCCAUUGCCUUCCACCACAAAGUCAGGCAUCUACAAGAACAACCUCGAUCAGAUGCUGAAGGAAAUAAACACCACUAAAAAAGCUAAAGAGAUUGAGACACAACUUCUAACUGCAUGUAAAGAGGACUUGUUGAGAAUAGCUGAAUACGAAGAGGCUGAGGAGAACCGUGAGGAGGGCAUCUCUUCAGAACACCAGGAAUUCCUGCAGCGCUACUCAUUGAUGUCCAGCGCAAUCAGGGAAGUGCCUCCAGGAGAAGUGGUGUUCAAUCUGGAGAAAUUUGGCCAAAUCUUCAACCAUAAUACGCUGCAGCUGAGACAGUGCAUGGUCAAUCCACAGGGGACAGUACAGAAAACGCUUCUUUGGUCCAGCCCUGCUCAGCUGAGAUUGCAUGUAAAUAUUGGAUUGUUCCAAGAAGCUUACGACUGCCUCUCGCCCUGUCCAACUCAGGUUACACGUUUCCUAUUCCAGAUGAUGUCCGUCCAUAGUGAGAGGAUGAUAUCUGAAAAGAUACUACAGGCCCUCUGUGACAUCGCCUGCACUGCUGCUUAUCAGAUAGUGAAAAAUGGGAGCCAGCAGUUUAAAGUGUGGGUGCCCAGUUUGGCCGAUGUGGCGCUGGUCUUGAUGAAUAUGGGAGUGGCGUUUGUUACUCUCUUCCCUUUUGAGAAUCUGCAGCCUCCAUUCACAGAGGGAGAUUUGCUGGAGGACAUCUAUAUCAAAAGUGAGAGUCCCUCCAAUAACAAGGAACAAAGCGCCUUCCCUGAACACAACUGCAACAACAUCUUGAAGUACCUGUCUUACUGUAUGGGUCUAUGUCCACGGGCGUACAGCGACGAUGAGCUGCUUCUGCUGCUGACUGUGGUGGGAAGGGUGGGACUGGACACGCGUCUCCUCCUCCAGUCCAGUGUGGAACUGUACCCUCUACAGUACAAAAUUGUCAACAACAUCAGGGACUGGAACACCAUGCUGCCCAGAAUCUGUCUGGCCAUUACUGAUUUGACGGAUGACCACCACAACAUGUGCCUGCUAGUUCAACUGCUGCCUGACAACACACGUGGAAAACAACUGCGUCGACAUCUGAGCCUGUCCAUGAUCUCUAAACUGUUAGAUGGAAAUUGUAUGUACAGACCUACGGACAAAGAGAUUCAGCUCUCUAAACUGAGACCGUACCUGCCCCGUAUGCAACCCUCCACCAUUCUCAGAGCCAUGCUGAGCUCCUCUAGGAGUCAGAAAGAUAAAGACGAGGACAUGGACACCCUAGACCAACAGUCCUACUACCUCUGCUAUAGCCUUCUGACCUUGGCAAAUGAAGCUUCCAAUUUUCAGUUCUUCCCUGCUCAUCAAAAGGAGCAACUGCUGAUUCUAUGCUCUGAGCUGGAAACGCAUGUUAAGUGUGACAUCAGAGAAAGCGAGAAAUGCCUUUACCGGAGCAAGGUAAAGGACCUGGUGGCCAGAAUCUACACCAAGUGGCAGAUGCUCCUUCAGAGGACCAGGCCUCUCCAUGGUAAGUUGUAUGACUACUGGCAGCCUUUGCCUGUGGAUACAUUGACGAGCAGCCAAGAAGAGCAGGAGAUUGACGGGAGUGAUGACAGAGAGGAGUCUGUGAUGGAGGACGAUGACGGUGAAGAAACCAGUGGGACUGAAGAAAAUGAGGUUGUAAUGACUGCUGAGGACGAGGAGAAGGAAGAGGGAGACGAUACGGUGGAUGACACCAACAAGGCAGGAGGCGACAAGAAACCAGAAGAAUUUGAGGGAGACUGUGCGAUGGAUGGCACAAAUGAAACGGAGGAAGCGACAGAAUCAGUACUUGGGGAGUUAAACCAAGAGAUGCCAGAGAUGGAGCCUCAAGUACACAAGGAAUCCAAAGUGACGGAUGAGCAAAUGGAGUCCAAAGUGACGGAUGAGCAAAUGGAGUCCAAAGUGACGGAUGAGCAAAUGGAGUCCAAAGUGACGGAUGUGCAAAUGGAGGCUGGAAACAAAGAGCCUACUGAGGUCGAGACUGAAAAUCAAGAUGAGACGAGAGAAGCUUCUCACCAUAACCAGGUGGCAGAGUGUGACUUAGUGUCAUAGAAAUCUGUCUUCAGGGCUUUAAUAGCCGUUGCCUUAAUGUUAAGCUCAGUUUGCACUAUUUGUCUCCCCCCAAAGUUUCAUUGUCAAUACAAAUAUAAACUGUAUAUUUAUGAAUAAAACCAUUUUAGAAGAGAUCAGAGUUUGUCGAGGGCUGAGGCCUUAUUCUUUUUUGGUAGUGCUGCACAAGAAACAAACAAAAUAUUGAUUUAUUUAAUGUCUUGAAAAAAGUAAUGAUAAAGUUGUAUGUUAAUUACAUUGUUGGUUGAUGUGUGCAAUGAGGGUAUGUAUGUGUUACAUAUACAUACUGAAGUUGAGUGGGGGGUUUUUGGAGGGAUAUUUUUACAUUGUUGUGUUCUUCCAGUUCUCCAUUAGUUGUAGUAAUUUCUCAAAGAUAUUUCAUAAUUUAUUUGAUCACUGUUUGCUUAAGCCUGUCUGAGUAAUUGAAAAGCUGACUGUUUAUUAUCCUGCAAAUCAGCCUCAAGUGGAAACACACCCAUACAUUAAUUAGUUCAUAUUUGCCUUGAUUCAGGGGCAUGACACAUUGUCAGCAACAAUUUUCCGAUACAUAUUAUCUUGUUUGUUGAUUUAUUGUUAUAAUUUCACUGUUGUGUUGAAUGUGUGCGUUCUGUUAAAUUUCCCUGUUGGGAAAAUAUUUUUUUAAUAAUGGAAAAAUACUUUUUUAUAUCUGUUGUCAAAUACAGAAAAUAAACUUUAUUUCAAAA